UUUCGAGUUUCUCUUUUCGCUGAUUGAUUCGCUUAUUCGAGUUCUUCGAUCUUCUUUUUCUUCUAUAACAUCAAAAAUUUGGUAAGGUUUCAUAUUUUGGUAUUUUUUUUCUUUUACAAAACAGUGAAAAGAUUAUUGGGUUGGGAUUCCUAGUUUGAUAAUGUAAUUUUCUGAAGUUUAUAUAAAAUUGCUAUUCGGUAUCCUCAGCGGCAGAUUUUAAUUGCCUUCUUAAAGUUAAUAUUUUCCUUUCUCUUGUUGUUGGUAUUUUGGGCUUUUACCUAGUCAUUUCAGUGACUGGAAUUAGAUUAAAAUUUGGUAAUUUGUUAGUUCUUUUUUACAUUUUUUUCUUCAUUCAGACUAGUGGUAAUUUGUAAUAUAUAUAGUGAUUCAUAUAAUUGGCUCCAACUAUUUUGGUACUGAGCAAUAGUUGAUUGAUUGAUUUGUAAUUAUCAUAUUUCGAAUGGUUUAUCCUAAUUGUUUAGGAACGAUGCAUAGAUGAUUGAUUGAUUGAUUGAUCAGAAGUUAUUGAGGGCAUUAGUAGUUUGAUGUUUGCAAACAGUAGCAGAGCCAUGAUUUUCAUUAAUGGGUGUCAAAAUUUGAAGAAAUAAAUAUACGAAGAAGUUGAGGGAAUUCAACACAUAAUAUAUACACACCCCUUGGUGCUAUGUGGCCCCGCCACUGCUUGCAACAUUGUAUUGAAGUCAUGAUAUCAGCAAAAACAUAUGUAAUGGAUGGUAAUUUCAAUCAUCAGAAAAUAGUUACAGCAUCAUUUAGUAUGUAUUUGUGUUGGACUUAUGAUAGAAAACAAAGUCUGGUUUAAGUGCAAACAGUGUAGCACUCUGCAUUGACUUUUUGCACUGCUAACUCCAAGAUUAACCAGUGAACACACCAUUAGAGAAUCAAGUGGGAAAGUGUUAGUAAAAGCUUGAUUUUCAAGUACGAAUAUGAAUAAAGUAACUUUACUGUUAUUUAGUUUUCUUGUGAAAACAGCGAAGAACAGAAUACAAUGGAAGCAAAGUAUCCAUAGGAUGAUAUUAACCAACAGGGAUUAAGGCUCUUACAUUAGGUCUAGUGUUUAACACGUGUUUUUAGUUAUAUUAGCGACUGCAACUAGUUUUGGGUUGAGGCGUAGUUGUUGUUGUAACGUAAGAGUUUUCUGGACAAUGUCCUCUCUAGUCACCUUUAAAUCCUACAGUUAUUUGGAAGUUUCUUCUCCAUAGGUACCUUCCCGCAAAAAGCACUAACAGGAAUGAUUUUGUAAACAAAAGAAGAUAAGUUAACUUCUUCUUUUUUUGAUGAAGUAAGAAGAUAAGUUAACUUCGUAAUAAGAGUUGUUAUAAUUCUUUGCUAUAAUGUGAGAUCAUAAUCUUCUUUUAUUUUCUUGGUAAGCAACUUCAGUUUUACAUUUUUCCAUGACUUACAUAAUUCCAAAAUGGAAAUCGGGAAGCAUUCAAAACUUUGUUUAUUUCAAUACUCACAUUCCUUGUUAGUUAGGAAUUUAGUUAAUAAUCUUAGUGAUUGGCAACAAGAGGACGGUAAUCCCUAUCUCCAUAACCAGGACUCAUGAAGUUCCAAUCACUUACAGGUACUUUUUUAAGCAGUUAGGUCUCUGACUGAAGAAUUAGAAAGUUCAAAUAAACAUAAUCUACUUUUUGGACUCCGUCAUUAGAUAAUUUCUCACCGAGCAGGAUUUAGCACCUUCUUGGUGCAAUAAAUUGAAAUUACUUACAUAUCUGAUAUCACAUUUCUCACUGAACAAUAGGAAACCUUAAUAAUUUAUUAUUUUUACAUCCGAUUGAAGUUGAUAUUUCACAAUAAAAAACAAGGAACUGGUAAUUUUAGUGGAAAAAAGCCAGGACCUGGUUUUUGCUUUACAUUUUACAAAAGACAUCCGAAUAGGUGGAUGAUGGAUUAUCUUGCUUUCCAACAUAUAUCUAGUUUACUGAUGGUUCUGGUUGUCUUUUGUUGGUGAUGUAUCAUUAACUGAAAGGAGCUCUGCAAUUUCUUCCGGCUCUCUAUUUUCUGAUAUCGCCUUUUGAAUUAUUAUUCUGAGCCGAGGGUCUAAUGGAAACAACCUCUCUACCUUCAGUAGGUAGGGGUAAGGUCUGUGUACACACUUCCCUCCCCAGACCCCACAUGUGGGAAUAUACUGGGUAGUUGAUGUUGUCAUAAGAUGUUGUUGUUGUUGUUGUCAUGGACAUGUUUUUAUAACUACUAUAGGGACACUCCUUAGCAUCUUGAGACUGUUUUCGAGGCACUUGGGAAGAAUCGUUCGUGACCGUAAUAUGUGUCCGUUGGGAGUAUCAUCGUGGAAUGACAUUAAGGAAGAAAAGCUGAAUCACAUGUGGGCAGCUAUUUAGGAUAAAUUUGAGAGUGUUGACAUGAAUGAUCAUCGUGAUCAUAUCUUCGCAUGGAUGAAAGAGUUAUGGAACAAAUGGAGAGGACACUUGCAUGCAAAAUAUGUUAAAGAUAAGCCAAUCCAACAAGCUCUUAAGAAUAUUCCAAACGGAGUAGACAAGAAAGAAUGGAGUGGUUAGUAAAGGAAUAUUUUUCUUCAGAAGGUUUUCAGGCGAGAAGCAACAGGAAUGCGGCAAAUCGAGCUAAGUUGAAGAUGCUUCAUCAUAUUCGUAGCAAGCCUAUUCGUGAGAUCAUUUAUCAAAAGGGCGGAAAAGAUGGCAACCCACCGGAUUUGGCAACAAUUUUCUUUGAGACCCGUAAGAAAGAUAACAAGCUUGUUGAAUCUGAAGCAAUUGAAAAACAUGCUCAAAUCGAAGAAAUAGUUCAAGCAGAUCCAUCUCUACCUAGCAUAGAGAUUGUAGAAAAAUGUUGUAGACCUCAAACUCGUAGCCAUGUGUUUGGCUUUGGGGGUGGAGUGAAGGCGAAAGACUCUAAAGGUAGAACUUCUUCAAAGGCUGAAUUACUGUCCGAGCUACGUUCAACUCGAGAAGAAAAUAAAUCUUUGAAUGAGGAAAACAAAUCCUUGAAUGAGCGCUUGUCUACCUUAGAAGAUGAGAUGAAAGAAAUGAGGAAAAUGAGAGAGUACUUUGCUGCUCAACAAUCACAUGUCCCGCUUACAACGACAUCGCCCGUUUCAACUGAAUGACCUCUGAUUUUGUCUGCUGACCAAGAACUCCGUGAAGUUAAGAGGAAAAGUGCAGCUCUUCAGUUGCAACAAUUUGUGGGUGCGCGUUAGAUUGAAGCUACAAGUCAAGAUGCAAGUUUAGAAGAUGCACAAGCUAUUAUUAUUUUGCUAAAAAAGUUAUGCAAAACUUGAUAUCAUAGUCUAUUUCAGGAUGUUAGCUACGUUUUUUUUGUUGAGGUGUUGAAAAAACAUAGAAAGUAACAUCAUCAUGGGAUAUGAACUUGAUAUAUUAUCUUUUUAUAUUUGAUUUUUCAACACCAAUUUGAUAUUUAUUGAGAAAAAUUACUUUUUG